CCAGAGGGAGGGGAACGAGUGGCGUCCCGCCCACGCGACGAACGCCGCCCUGCCAUUGGCUGUCCCGCCGGAGCUGUCGCUGAGGGGAGCUUUGAUUGGUCUGCGGCGGGGAGGCUGCUCGCUGAUUGGCUGCGCCGGCGGCGGGGGAUUCGUGACGGAGUGGGGGCUCUGUGGCGGCGCCGCGCUCUGUCCGUCCGUGUGUCUGUGUGUCCGUCCGUGUGUCUGUGUGUCCGUCUGUCGCCCCUCGCUCCCCCCGGCCGGUGCCGGUCUGGCUGCACCGUGACUCGCUCCCGGUGUUUCGCUCUCCCCUGUGCCUCAUCUGCGGAGCGGCUUCCUGUGAGCGGAGAGUGCGCAAUGCUUUGGAGCCCUUCGGUCCAGGCUCGUCGUAGUCAUGAUUGAUUUCACGAAUAAAUUUGACUGUGCAGUGCAUGGAUAAUCCCGGGCCAUCCCGAAUUGCUCUUGUGUGGGACUUUUUUCUAUUUGAAAAUGAAAGCCUCGUGUGGAGACCGACGGGGCAGAAAUACACGACUGUCACCUUGCUCGGGAACUGCAGUCCAGAGCAAAAGCUCUGUGCAGAAUUAAACAGGCAAUUAAAACAGGCAAUUAAAGCUACCAGCAGUUCUUAACUGCAGGAUUAUUGGUUGAACUCUUUAAUGGGAUAUAUGUCAACAGCCAGCAGAGAAGACUUCAGCCAGAGGCUGGAUUAUAGAAUAGUCAGGGUUGGAUGGGAGCUCUGGAGAUUGUCCAGCCCAACCAAGGCAGGGUCACCUAAAGCAGGUGACACAGGAAUGACUCCAGCCACUUUGAUCACAGAUAAUUACGGGAUGUGCUGCUCAUUCCUGUGUUGUGUCAGGAGAUGGAUUGGGACCAGUUUGACUUGAACCCUAAAACAAUUGCUGCCCUGAAAAAAGCUGACAUAAAAUCAGUGAGAGAGGUUUUAAACCUCUCUGGAGCAGACUUGCAGAGGUUGAUGAAGCUCUCUAGUGCAGACAUCCAGUGCCUGCUGAAAACAGUCUCUCACACGCUGAGGAGGAACAGCAUGCUCACAGCACUUCAACUCUACCAAGAUAAAGAUCAUUUCACCUCCCAGCACCAGAAGCUGAGCCUGGGAUGUUCAGUGCUAGACAACCUGUUGAAAGGUGGCAUUCCUUUAGUGGGAAUCACGGAGCUUGCUGGAGAAAGUUCUGCUGGGAAGACUCAGAUUAGUUUACAGCUGUGCCUGUGUGUGCAGUAUCCUUACAAGUAUGGUGGAUUAGAGUCUGGAGCUGUCUACAUUUGUACAGAAGAUGUGUUCCCAAGCAAACGUUUGCAGCAGCUCAUAGAUCAGCAGCAUAAGCUGCGUGCAGAUGUUCCAGCUGAAAUCAUACAGAAGAUCAGAUUUGGAAACAGUAUUUUUGUUGAGCAGGCAGCAGACCUGGACACCUUCCAGCAGUGCAUCACGAGGCUGUCCCUGCUGCUGGCUCGGGGCAUGGUGCGGCUCGUGGUCAUCGACUCCAUGGCCGCGCUGUUCCGCUGCGAGUUUGGCCCUGCCCAGUCUGCCCUGAAGGCUCGCUAUCUGCAGACCUUUGGGGCACAGCUGCACAGCUUGAGCACCAGGUUCAGGACCCCCAUCAUGUGCAUUAACCAGAACCCCAGGUCAGCUGCCAACCUUGUUUUUGUGCUUCAGGUGACCGAUGCAGUGAGCGAGUCGGAAGCUGCUCAGUGCAGUUGCAGGGUAGAGGGUAGCAGAGUCACUCCAGCCUUGGGAAUAACCUGGUCCAAUCAGCUGCUGAUGAGACUGAUGGUCAGCCGGGUAUCAGCGCCCGGACACUCCCCUGGAGCGGCAUCACACUGCGCUGCAAGCAUGAGGACUUUAAGUGUCAUUUUUGCUCCUCAUCUCCCUCCAUCCUUUUGCUACUAUACAGUACAGUUGGAAGGUGUAAAAGGAAUAAAAUAACUCUUUUACAUAGGAAAGUGUCUUGCUCCACAAAUGUACCAGGAAGAAUUUGCUUCAGGAAGGAUUACCAGUGAAAUGCCAUUCUUCCUAGAGAGAAAUUGAUGGUGAAGUACAGGAACAAUGCUAUGGGUACAUUUAGCCUUGUCUACUUUGUGAAAAAUGAUCUUUUCACACUUGGAUAGUCAACUUGUGAGAUGAGUAUCCUGAAGGUUUUGAAGGAGAGGGAAGCUGUGGGCAGGUGGAGGCUGCACAGUGGACUGAGAUGUAGCAAUCCCUGUGAUAGGGGAGACCUGAUGUCUUAUUUUAAUAGCAUGCUCAUCUAGAAACAGCAUUUACUGUAGUUUUGUAUCCUCUCUGUUUCCAGUCCCAAUAGGACUUGAAAUUCAACCAGUUGAUGUUGCCUGCUGGUGGUUCUGGGUCACAUGCUGCCAAUUAAGGAUAGCCAUUCUUUUUCACAAAGCAGCUGUUCUAUUUUAAAACCAUUUGUUAUUAAGAUUUUAAAGAAAAUAAUCCCAUAAAGGCACUUGAUUCAUCUUACUGUAAGAAUUAAAUUGCACUGCCUUUGUACUAGAUGAGUAUAUCUGCCUUCAUAGCACUCUUAAUUUUUUUUUCUAAUGGUUCAUUUCCACUCUUCCUGCUUUCCAGUCCCUUCCCUUCAUAGCAAAAGCCUCUUUAGCCUCUUUCAUUUGCAGGACAGCAAACCCCAUCCCCCACCCCCUUGUUCUCUUUGCCCAUUGGUGAAGCUGUGUAGCCUCAGGGCAAGGUCUCUGCCUUCUUCCUGAUGCUCUGCCCUGCCGUGUGUUUUGCUGGAUCAGCAUUCUUCUUGGGCUUCUGAAUUGCUGCCUCUCAUGUCCUGUUGUCCCUGCUGCUGGGCUCUCAGCUCAGCUCUGAUCCUGAAGGGCACCUUCAGCUCUUUUCAUCCAUUCAGAUGCUAUUGCUCUCAGUUGAUUUUUGUUGUUAAGAGCUUCACGUGGGUUUUCUUCCUGUCUUUGUGCUACUUGUCACGUUUUCCUGCUGUCCUCCGAUCACUGCCCAUGACAUCCACUCUUCCUCUGGCUGAAUGUUUCCAUUGCUCUGUUCCAUGUGAAAGCAAGCGCAGUGAAGUGACAGUGUCCAAAGGCAGCUGGUGCCUGCUCCCAUCACUUGUAUCACACACUCAUCAAGCUCUCACCUUCCCCCUCCUGCUGCUAGCCCAGACAAGAACUCCACGUGUUUCUGUGGAGAGACAUUGCUCGGGUCUGUCUUUUGGCCCAGGAACCCCGUGUUUGUGGAACAGCUUCCUCCUCUGCCUUUCCCCAGUCACACUCCUUCAGGACAUUCAUCCAUCUUUUCAUAUGGAAGCAUGCAGCUGGGUAGCUGAAAGGGAGACUUUUGUCUGGCUGUAAACUGCCUCAGCUGCAACUAUGGCAGAAGAUUUCUCAAGGGACAACUGAGCAUGACUCGAGGAAAAGAGACCACGUGUGACUGCCUCGAGAAGUUCCAGAGGAGAACAGGCACAGCUUGAAGCUGAAGGAAGGAGACUCUAAGCAAGCAGAAAGGAUGAGCUGCUUUCAGUGCCUUCUGCAAACCCCUUCAGAUGUCUCAGGGGCCCUUGCGCAAAUAGCAUAAGUUGUGUCUAAAUAAUUUUUCUAAAAUGUCUUAAUUCUCUGUAUUUGGAAAUGACUGCACAGCAUUUUUUAAAUAAAAUUCAACCAUGAAGCUUAGAAACCUUUGUGAUCUCUAAGAAACCGUUAGAAUGCCACAGCUGAGAGGCAGGGACACCUCCUCCUUCAAACCCUUACCUUCCAUCCCUCCUUCCGAAGACCUUCAAUAAGAUCAACUGAUGCAGCACAGGUAACACUCCAGUUUUCUAUUCCUGCCCUGUGUGUCUGGGCUGGAACUGCAGUCAAGAUAAUGUUCAUCCAACUGUGCUGACUGGGAAGAGCAGCCACAGAGAGAUGUAGCUGAUUAAUGGGAGUCACCAAACCUUACCUGGAUAUUCAUUUACAGAAGAGCCUCAGCAAAUCCUGGGCUCCAGCCCCAGGAGUUUGCCUCGCUGUGAGCCAUGUCCAGAACACUGUGAAACCUCUGAAAGUUCAGUCUGUAACAUUUUGAUCACUAUUUUUUGUAACUUGACUGCUUGCAGGAACGGCGCCAAAGUGUUAGAAGUCACAGAUGGGUCUGUCAUCCAAGUUCCAGUUUGUCUGGUAAAAAACACUUUUAUCAACAAAGAGAAGUAGUAACAUUGUACCUGCUUUAGUGUUCUGUCAUUACCUUCUUGGUUUGUUGGUUAUUUCUCUCCAGCUGAGUCAGGGUACAUUACAGUUUGUCUCCUGACUCAUGAGCACACACAAACUCUGAAAUCUCAACUCCAGCUGAGCCCCUCUGAGGCUCCCAGCCAACACUCAGCCACUCCAGUUCCUGCCCUGUCCCUCAGUCCCACCCCCAGGCACAGCCCAGGAUGUCCAUCUGACCCAAGUGCAGCUUUGGGGCUGCAAACCCUUAGGAACCCGACACAGCAGUUGUCUAUUUGGAAAUGUGCUAAAGUUUUAAUAAAUGCAAUUUAAGAA